AUGACACUAGGCUUCUCAUGGCGCGAAACCAUAGGUAUCAUCUUUCUAGGUCACUUCCUUGUCUCACUCGUCAUCACUGCGAACGCCAUCAUCGGAUCGAAAUACCACAUUCCCUACACGAUCCAGAGUCGCACCGGCUUCGGGUUCUUCGCAUCCUUUGUCGCUGUCUUUAUUCGCAUGCUGGUUGGGUUUUUCUGGUACGGCAUCAACACGCAUAAUGGCGCGCUGUGUGUCAAUGCUGUGAUUCUUGCAAUCUGGCCAUCUUUUCGAGACGUGCCAAAUGCAUUGCCUGAAUCUGCAAACAUCACGACUCAAAUGAUGACUUCAUAUACCGUAUACUUCCUCAUCACACUCCCUUUUCACUGGAUCCAUCCGCGAUAUCUCAAAUGGUUCUUUGAUAUUAAAACCAUUGUUUGUCUGCCCGGAGUCUUCGCGCUACUUGGGUGGGCGUGCCAUCAGUCAAACGGAGGCCUGCAUACUACUUUAUUCCUGCAGCGCACCUCACUACACGGUUCCGAGUAUUCUUGGGCCUUUUUAGGUGCUUUGAAUUCAAUGUUGGGCAACUACGGUACCAUGGCAGUCAACAUUAACGAUUUUGCCCGUUACGCCCGCUCAACACGCAUGGUCUAUGUCAAGAUUCUUGCUGUUCCUCUCUCAUUCAUGCUCAUGUCCUUCAUGGGCAUCAUCAUCGCAGGUGCAGCAUCCGAUUUGUACGAAACGUCGAUCUGGGACCCGCUCACUAUCAUGUCGUACUGGAGUGGAAGUUCUGGCGCAAGAGCAGCGGCCGCAUUCGUGUCUCUGUCUUUUGUUCUGGCGCAGCUUGGAGCCAACAUCAGCGCAAACUGCAUUUCCGCUUCAAACGACUUGAACGCCAUGUUUCCUUCGUACGUCAACCUCCGUCGAGGAUCCUAUAUCAUAGCCUUCGUCGGUGCAUGGGCUCUCAUACCGUGGAACAUCCUCGCUUCCGCUUCCGCCUUGCUCAAUUUCAUGGACGGCUAUAUUAUAUGGUUGGCCCCCAUCACAGGCAUACUCCUAGCAGAUUACUACAUCGUCCACCGACAAACCUACGACGUAGCAGAAAUGUACAUACCCGGCGGGAGAUACCGCUAUAAUAAAUGGGGGACCAACUGGCGCGCAGUCGUCGCAUGGCUUGUCGGCUCUGUUCCGCUCAUUCCCGGGUUCGCUUUGAGGAUGAACGCCAACCUACCAAUCUCAACAGGCGUAGACCACUUGUAUAGUCUUGACUAUCUAUACGGUUUCUUCGCCAGCUUCGCCAGCUUCGCUGUGUUCUCUGCGUUGGGGGUGUGCUUUCCUGCGCGGAUAACUUUUGCGCACGAUGGUAGCGCUGAUGAAUUAGGUGCAGUGGAGAAGGGAAGUGAUGAGUAAG